GGUGGAACGUGUGAGGUGAUUGCGGCUCACAGAUGCUGUAAUAAGAACAAGAUUGAAGAGCGGUCCCAGACAGUCAAAUGUUCUUGUCUACCAGGGAAGGUGGCAGGGACUACCAGGAACAGACCCUCCUGUGUUGAUGGUGAGUACCACCACUACCAUCACAAUCCCCAUUGGUAUUGCAGGCGCAAGAGAAGUGUUGGCACUAUCAGUGAUUGGACUCACAUAGGUGCUGCUAAUAGAACCCAUAUACAACAGUUCUUUAAAAUAUUUUUCUCCAGGGUUGCAUAAAAGUAGUACAAUAUAUCAUGUGGAGUGUACAUGAUGCUUCAGCCUUUCCCAGUAGAUCUGGAAUAGCAAAUAUCACAGCAGGUGGCCAGUAGAGAUGGAGAGUCCCAUGCCCUAUCCCUUUCGUCUGAUUAGCUGAAUGUAGAAGUAUAAACCUGAGAGAAUGUAUCGAAGAACAUAUACAAUUCAUCAGUGGCAUACAUUUCCUAGACCUAGAGAAGCUGCGAUGGUUCUUUAUUUAUUAUGUUUUAAAUAGUGUCAGGUUUAAGACAAGAUGCCCAAAGAGUUGUUGUUAUUGAUUAAUAGAUGCACUAUAACCUUGGUUCGACCAGACUCCUGGCAACAAACCUCAGCAACCCUGUUUACCAUAAGGAACAGGUCCAAGUGAGGUCCUCAAGGAUGAUGAAUAUGUAUGACUGGAAAACCACUUAGACUAGGACAGAAAAUAACACUGUCAGACCAGCUGGCUAAAGUGUUCACGGACAUAUUCAACCUCUCCCUGUCCCAGUCUGUGAUCCCCACAUGCUUCAAGAUGUCCACCAUUGUCUCUGUACCAAAGCAAACUAAAGUAACCUGCCUAAAUGACUAUCGGCCUGUAGCACUCACUUCUGUCAUCAUGAAGUGCUUCGAGAGGCUGAUCAAGGACCACAUCAGCUCCACCUUACCUGACACCUCGGACCCACUCCAAUUUGUAUACUGCCCCAACAGAUCCAAGGAUGUAAUCACCAUUGCUCUACACACUGCCCUAACCAUCUGGACAAGAGGAACACCUAUGUGAGAAUACUGUUAAUCGACUACAGCUCAGCGUUCAACACCAUAGUCCCCUACAAGCUUGACACUAACCUAAAGGCCCUAGGUAUGAACACCUCCCUCUGCAACUGGAUCCAAGACUUCCUGACAGGCAGACGCCAGGUGAUGAGGGUAGGCAAAAACACCUCCACCACGCUGAUCCUCAACACGGGGGCCCCACAAGGGUGCGUGCUCAGCCCACUCCUGUACUCCAUGUACACAUACGACUGCAUGGCCAGGCAUGACUCCAACACUAUCAUAAAGUUUGCAGACAACACAACGGUGAUGGGCCUGACCACCGACGGUGACGAGACAGCUUAGAGGGAGGAGGUCAGAGCCCUCGCAGAGUGGUGCCAGGAAAACAACCUCUCCCUCAACGUCAGAAAACCAAGGAGAUGGCUAGCACAUCACAGAUGACCUGACAUGGUCCAAUCACACCACCACCGUGGUGAAGAAGGCGCAGCAGUGGCUCUUCAACCUCAUGCGACUGAAGAAAUUCGGUAUGGGCCCUCGGAUCCUAAAGAAGUUCUACAGCUGCACAAUCGAGAGCAUCUUGAUCGGCUGCAUCACCGCCUGGUACGGCAACUGCACCGCCCUCAACCAGAAGGCUCUACAGAGGGUGGUGCAGACGGCCCAAUACAUCACUGGGGGCAAGCUCCCUGCCCUCCAGGACAUCUACAUCAGGCGGUGUCGGAGGUAAGGCCCGAAAGAUCGUCAAGGACUCCAGUCACCCGAGCCAUGGACUGUUCCCUCUGUUACCAUCUGGCAAGCGGUAUCAGAGCAUCAGGUCUCGGACCAACAGGCUCCGAGACAGCUACUACCACCAGGCCAUUAGACUGCUGAACAGUUAACCCUAGCUGUCUCCCGGCACAAAACUGCACCUUGGAGACUAUAUGCACCAUAGAGGUUAUUUGCACUGACUACCCACACAUUCAACCCUCACACACAAACUUACACAUACACAAACACACAAACUCCCAUAAAACACACACACAAUUACCCGCACGCACUCAGAACACACACACAACGCUGCUGUUCUAUUAUAUACUAUUGAUUCCGCUGUAUGACCAAGUCACUACCCACUCUAUAUUUGUAAAUACAGUGUAAUACAGUCCAUAACAUUUGAUUGGAAACACUCAAACCAAACAUUUACUGAACGUACUGGCCAUAUACAACAGAACUACCUCAUUUUAUACUGUGGAAUUGCAGUGUUGCUUUAUGAAUUGUAUAUAUUGGCUUUUUGACUGAUGAGGCACAAUUUUACCAUCUCUAGUAAAGAUCCAACAGAAGCCAAUAGUAGCCUAUAUCACUCCCUAUAUAUUCUUCCUGUGCUGUACAGUGAGCAUUACCUCUCACCUGCCUGCAUGCUUCUUUAGAUUCUAACCAUUAGAUGAUGUUGCCACAAUUACUGAGCAGAGUAGACAGAGUGAGGGAAUUUGAGAUCUCUUCUGUCUGUCAGCACUGACAGGGUAUUUUCCUCUGUCAGACAUCUGAGAUGUGCUGGACAUUUAACCUGUAUUUAAGGCAAUUUUCUCUUCCCAGAGCAAGAAUAUGGCUUGCAUUAGAGUCACAGCUACGCCUCCUCUUUCACUUAACACAUGUCUAGACGUCUGUCUUUCUAUUUGAUUUAAAAUGCAUGUAAGAAAUGCAAUGAAAUAAAAUGCUUUAAAUAAUUCACCUAGGGUUGUUUCAGUGCAUAUUUUGUUUUGUAAGUAUUGGUAUAAGGAUUCAGAUUUUGAUUUUGAUUGAUUCUUACACCAUACUCAGGUAGGGAUGUUACAGUUGUAAGACAAGGGAGAGUUGACAGUUACUUUGAUAUUAGUCAGACAGAUUCCCACAAUUUAGAUGUGUGUGUCUGUCAUGUGAUGAACGAACCAACAGACCCUCUAGUCACCAAUCCAUCUCCAAGUCAUACACUGCUAUCACAUAUAGCUGUUCCACUGGGUAAGACAUACUCAGGUCACCUUAUGCCUUUGUUGCCUGCAGCAUCCAUAGUGAUUGGGAAGUGGUGGUGCGAGAUGGAGCCCUGUCUGGAGGGAGAGGAGUGCAAGACGCUGCCUGACAACUCAGGCUGGAUGUGUUACGCUGGGAACAAGAUCAAAACCACCCGGGUAAGAUAACCUCACAUUACCAUUUGAAACAGAGACAUACUGGAGGAGGGAGAGUUACAGUCAUGAGGAAUUUGCACCAAUAGAACAAUACAGACUUUACAUUUAAAGACAAAGGCACAAGGUAUUGACUCAAGCAUAUGGGCUAUACUAAUGUCUCUUUUAUUUUUUAGAAUACCCAACAGUCUGCAAGCGAAGAAUACCUC